GGUAUACGAGAUUACAAGAUUACAAGAAUGUAACCAUCACCGGAUAUAAAUAUAUAUAUAUAUAUAUAUAAUCUCUCCGCAUUUUUCUCUCAUAUUGCCUUCCAUUUCCGGCAGAGUUUCCGAUCACCGGAGAUGUGCUCAAAUAUGAUGUUUAAACGGUGGCAGUGGUUGUAUAGCGGUGAUAAUAUGUAACGCCGUAACGAUCAUCAUCCAACUUCCGACAAAGUUUUCGAUCAACGAAGAUGUGCCCCAGAUCUGGUGUUGAAUCGAUCACAGCGGUGGUAGUGGUUGACUGGUUGUAUAGUGGCGAUGAUAUGCAAUCGUCAUCAUCCAACUACGAUCUGGUGUUAGAUCCGAUUGUGACACCUAACAGACUUUCUUACUGAUUGAUUGAUGUAGAAGAUGGCAAGUACGUAUUAGAUUGUGGAAGAAAAGAUAAGUGUUAACUAAUUGAUUGAUUGAUCCGUAGGAUGCUUGACGUAACUGAUUGGAUUUCACCAUUAAAAAUGAAAUGAAAAGAGAGAUCAAAAUCAAAUCAAACGCCCUAUAUUUCCGCUCAGCUCUACCGAAUAUCCACGUGUCGAAAUCUCCACGUCACUCCCUCGAAUAUUCACCUGUUUCCGAUUAAAUCGGAAGAAUAGUUGUUAAGAAGUACAAUUACAGCAAAAACUCUCUGUUUGCUCUCGCUCUUAAAGAUAUUUGACUUAAGGCUUUGAAGAUAGAUAGGCUGAAAUGAGGAAUUUGAAUUUCUAUGAAAAGUAUUCCAGAACAUUCCGUGAUAAUCCUUUGUUCUCCAGAUUUCUAGUUGUUUUCGCCGUCAGUGGUGGGGGUCUUGUGGCUUAUUCCGAGGCGAAUACACAAACUGGUGCAAAGAUUGAUGAUUUACCUGUUGCAGACAGUCAGAAAAAGAGGGUGGUGGUUUUAGGAACUGGUUGGGCUGGAACAAGUUUCUUGAAAAAUUUGAAAAAUCCCUCGUAUGAAGUUCAGGUGAUAUCUCCAAGGAAUUACUUUGCAUUCACGCCAUUACUACCAAGUGUAACAGUUGGUACAGUGGAAGCUCGUAGUGUUGUUGAACCCAUUCGUAACAUAGUUAAGAAGAAGAAUGUAGAUGUUAAUUACUGGGAAGCUGAAUGUUAUAGGAUUGAUGCAAAAAAUAAGAAAGUUUACUGCCGUACAAGUCAAGGAGAUAAGGAAGAAUUUGCUGUAGAUUAUGAUUACCUGGUAGUUGCAAUGGGAGCUCGUGUUAAUACGUUUAACACUCCUGGUGUAGAAGAAAACUGCCACUACUUGAAGGAAGUUGAAGAUGCUCAAAAAAUUCGCAGGACAGUGAUAGACUGCUUUGAGAAGGCGAGCUUACCUAAUUUAAGUGUUGAGGAGAAGAAAAGGGUUCUUCAGUUUGUUGUUGUUGGUGGUGGUCCAACCGGAGUGGAGUUUGCAGCUGAGCUUCACGAUUUUGUAUCAGAGGACUUGGUGAAGCUAUAUCCAUCCGUUAAAGAUUUGGUUAAAAUAACGCUUCUUGAGGCAACCGACCAUAUAUUGAACAUGUUUGACAAACGAAUCACCGCUUUUGCAGAACAGAAGUUCCACAGAGAUGGCAUAGAUUUGAGAACAGGGGAGAUGGUUGUGAAAGUAUCGGAUAAAGAAAUGUCAACCAAAGUGAUUAAAACUGGGGAGAUUUCGACUAUACCCUAUGGAAUGGCAGUCUGGUCAACGGGAAUUGCUACCCGUCCUGUUGUAAUGGAUUUCAUGAAGCAGAUUGGCCAGGCAAAUAGGCGUGUAUUAGCUACUGAUGAAUGGCUUCGAGUUGAAGGGACCAACAGUAUAUAUGCCCUUGGGGAUUGUGCCACAAUUAAUCAACGUAAAGUCAUGGAGGAUAUUUCAGCUAUAUUUAAAAAGGCGGACAAAGAUAACUCUGGAACGCUUACAGUAAAAGAAUUUCAAGAAGCACUUGAUGACAUCUGUGACAGAUAUCCUCAGGUACAACUUUAUUUGAACAAUAAACAGAUGAGCAGUCUCGUUGAUCUACUCAAGGAAUCCAAGGGAGAUGUUGUAAAAGAAUCCAUUGAACUGAAUGUUGAAGAAUUCAAAUCAGCUUUAUCUCAAGUAGAUUCUCAGAUGAAGAAUCUUCCAGCAACAGCUCAGGUUGCUGCACAACAAGGUUCGUAUCUUGCUGAUUGUUUCAACCGCAUGGAAGAGUGCACCAAUAAACCUGAAGGUCCUCUGCGUUUUAGAGAGUCAGGUCGACAUAGAUUCCGCCCCUUCAGGUACAAGCAUCUUGGUCAAUUUGCUCCAUUAGGAGGAGAGCAAACGGCUGCACAACUCCCAGGUGAUUGGGUAUCUAUUGGCCACAGCUCUCAAUGGCUUUGGUACUCUGUGUAUGCAAGCAAGCAAGUGAGUUGGCGUACAAGGUCAUUGGUGGUGUCAGACUGGAUGCGGCGUUUCAUCUUCGGGAGGGAUUCAAGUCAAAUAUGAUCUGAUUUCCUCGUUUCCACAAAAUAUAUAAUAUAAGUCCCUAAUUUCCUGAUUUUCAUAAUGGCAGAUAUUGCCUUUUGGUCCUCUUAACUUUGCUGAGGACGACCAUUUUUGUUUUGGUUUGAUACAUAUUUAGUUGAUCCAUUUUUGUUUCGGCAACGUGUUAAAAUCUUUGUUGUGAAAUAUUUACUGCAAAUAACUGGAAAAUGUAUGAUUUCCCUGCCCGGCUUUAGUUUACAGCUAUAGUUUUACCUGAGCUACAGAUAUGCUAGCUGUUGCAUUGUAUUCUAUUGAACUAUAUAAUGAAAAACAUUUCCAUUAUUCCUUGCA